UUGGAAUCCAUAGUUUUGUGAAAAGAUGACACGCAAACAUCUAGAUAGAAUAGAAUCAAGCAAAUGGUGCCGCGCGUCGAUAAAUAACUUAUCCUUUAUCAACCUUAGCUAACAAAUUGCCUCAUCAAAAUUUCAGAUUCAACUUAAUCAAUUAAUCACUUAUUUACACACAGAGAUCAAGGAUGGGAGUGGUGAUAAUCGACGGCACCACCGUAAGAGAUUUCAUCAACGACGACGCGAGUUUCACAAAUAGCGUCAACGAACAAUUUCAAUCUCUCGAUCUCAACAACGACGGCGUUUUAUCACGCGCCGAGCUCCGAACAGCUUUCGAAUCCAUGAGAUUAAUCGAGGCACACUUCGGCAUCGACGUAACAACUCCGCCGGAGCAACUCACCAGCCUAUAUGACUCCGUCUUUGAUACUUUUGACAUCGACGGAAGCGGCACCGUUGAUCGUGAUGAGUUUAAAUCUGAGAUGAAGAAGAUUAUGCUUGCUAUUGCUGAUGGAUUGGGAUCUUCGCCUAUUCAGAUGGUUCUUGAAGAUAAUUCUCAGAGUCUUCUUCAGAAAGCUGCUGAUCUUGAAGCUUCUAAGUACGCCGCCGUUUGAUUCACCGUCGUUUUGGUGGUUUUUAUUUGUUCUGAUACUUGUCGUUUUUGUAACCUUUGUUGCAUAUUUUUAUAUUUAUGGAUAUUUACAUGUAGAGAGAGAGA